AUGGCCGACGCGAAACCCAAGGACGGAGGCAAGACUGAGAACAACGAUCACAGUAAUUUGAAGGUGGCGGUCAGGAUGGUUCUGUGGUGGCAUCUAAGAGACACACCACUUAGUAAACUGAGGAAAGCCCAUUUGGGAAUGACGGGCUUUACACCUGCACAGCUGGAAACGGAGGACAAAGGUACGAUUGAUGUGUUCCAGUGGCAGCCAGGAGGUGUCUUCUAA